AUGAGCGUCGUCCUGCCGGGUAAGCCGCAGUCAAGACUUCAAGGUCUGGCUAUUGGUUAUUGGAACAACCUACACUUGAAUGCAUACAUUACUGGAAAUGCAUUUACCAUCCUUGACGGACUACAAACCAUUAUUCAAACCAUAUACGAUGAAAAUGAUGAACCACUACAGGCAAUAGCCAUCGACGAGUUGACGGGCAAGAUAGCCACGAGCACGGCAACGCAAGUUCGAGUCUAUAAACCACUUGGAGGGCUACAGGAGGAUGCUUUAAAGUGGGCCCUACAACUUACCUUUGACAUCCCUCGCGACGACUCAGAAACAGCAUGCGCAUUAUCUUGGGGUAGUUCGGAGGAGCUCUUAGUUGCUGGCAACUAUUUGUCUCUGUUCUCCACAGGGGAGCACCCAGGCCGAUCCUGGGAACAAUUGCUUCCCAGCCCUGCCAAGAUAGCGACGCUGUCAUACGACUCGGGUUACAUUGCAUCCGUCGGUCAUCAUGAUUACUUGGCCAAGGUCUGGCGCCGUUUAACUUAUGGCUCCGACGAUGUUCGAUUCGACGUAGCCUACCUUCCUCACCCGGAUGUCGUUACAAGCAUCCGAUGGCGCAAACCGUUUCACGUCGAGCAAGCAACGGGCAAUGUUUUGUAUACGAGCUGCCUAGAUGGUUACAUGCGCGUGUGGGUUCCAACAGACACACUACAAGGCUGGCAAUGGCACCUCUGGGGUAAAAUCAACAUUGCAGAGUCAAUACCGAACGGUUCCCCUCAGCAGGAACCAUGGUUAGCCUGUAUCAUCGACGGGCGAGAUUUCACUGCUUCCGUGGAGAGAGCUAUCGAGCAACGGAUGGCAGAUGAUAGCAGUACCGACGACGUGGCACUAGACCAUUUGGUAGCUAUUGCAAAUCGGAGCCCCGAGAUAUGCCUCGCCAUGAACCGAUCCGGGUUUUUGACGGCUUGGGCUCUAGAAAAUGUCGGUAGCACCUCGACCGACGACCGCCAAAUUUUCAACAUUGCUCAAACAAUAUCACCAGGGUUAGAGGAUCUAUCUAGCCUUUUACACCCGGAUGACGUCUCGCAUGUACAAAUCGAGACGUACUGCAAUCGGAAAACUGGACAGCUGCGGAUACUGCUGCACAUUUUCGACGGCAGGAUAGCUAUUUUUGAAUGCAGUGCAGCAGAUUUAUUUGAUCCCACGGCCAAUGAUAAGCGAUUGCUACUCCAUUCAGUGUGGUCCGGACAUUCUGCUUCGAUCAGGAAAAUAGUGCGCAAUUUUAGUGGUCGAGCUGUGGUAUCGAGAACAAGUGAUGGCGAGACCAUUGUCUGGGAACAUUCGCCCGCGAAUCCAGUUGGGUCCUCACACGGCCCUCUUGAUUUCAGUCGCCGGAGCAUCAUCCCGGAGACUGAACAUAUCCAUCGCAUUUGCGUCCUUCGUAAAGGCCGAUUUGUUGUCUUUCUCAGAAAAACUGUCAUCUCACUCUGGGACUGCCGACGUGAAAGGGGGGUCAGCCUUGCUCACAGUACGUAUGAGGCACCGGGAGUUCCUCUUUGUCUCAUCAUUUUGCCCAAGCCACAAGAUACAGAUUACAGGACCGCGCAUAUCGCCAUGAUAACGUCCAAAGGACGUGGGAUUGUCUGGGAACUUAGUUUUCCCAACUACGCCAAGGAUUCAGCAAGUACUUUGGACGUCGGUAUCACAGAAUUCAGCCAGGUUAACCUCAAGUCUGAUGAUGAUUUGAAGUAUGUCCUUCCUGUUGACCCUGCUGGUUCUGGUCCUGUAUCGUCUGGCUUCCUGGAUAUUUUUGCCCGUGAUAUCGCCAUGUCCUGUACGCAAACCGGCCGAAUUGACCUCUGGACAGCUCGCGUCGAUCUAGAACGCAGAAAAGUUGAUUGGCUAUCAACAUGUAGUACUGAGACAGGAUUUUCAGAUCCAUCACUAGCUAGUGGUAGCAUGCUCAAAAAGGCUGCAAUAGUAAGGUCAGAUGGGUCGAGGCUUGCCAUAUGGGAUGUUGGCGGAGCUCGUCUUGAGUUUGACCAAGACUAUCAGCUACAAGAUUCCAUUCAAGACCUAGAUUGGACGUCAACCCCCGAUGCUCAAUCCAUAUUAGCAGUUGGUUUCCAAUAUCGUGUCCUCCUCCUGUCACAAAUGAGAUUCGAUUACUUAAACAAGGGCGCUGCCUGGAUACCAAUUCGCGAGAUUAGCAUCCGUGAGCUGACACCUCAUCCAAUCGGAGAUUCAACUUGGCUAGAUAAUGGCUAUCUGCUUAUUGGGGCCGGCAAUCAGCUGUUUGUCCACGACCGACGGGUUAGUGCCGUAGAAUCCCUUACUACUGACCUUCGACUGCCUCACCUUCAAGACGGCACAUGGGAUCUCUUUGAAGCAGUACAGAGAUUCAACGGCCCCCUCCCCGUCUUCCACCCUCAGUUUCUAAGUCAAUGCAUCCUCGCAGGAAGGAAUGAACUUGUGCGACGAAUCCUCGUGGAACUUCAUAAAACAUUAAAAUUCCUCGUGCCGGGAGAAUCUGUGGAUAACUAUCUUGGUAUAGAGUUGGGGGAAUUUUAUCAACCAACUGCUGAAAAUACCAAUCGAGCACUUCACACAGGUUUUGAUUUUUCGGACAAAGGCGUCGACGGAGAAGAAACUGAAGUCUUCACUGAAGAAAUUGCUACAUCCAUUAACGAGAAGCUUACUCGGCUAGGCGUCCCCCAACUUUCUGGUCAUGAGCAGAUUCAGCUCGUAGAUAUGAUCGAAUGCGUAGCAUUGGUUGAGCGAGAGCGCCGAUCUAUAGACGAGAACGGGGCUCGUUUUAUGCUUUUCUUUCGACAACACGCACUUCGCAAAGGACGCACAAAUGAGAUACAGCUUUCUUGGAGAGAGAUCAACUGGGCAUACCACUCUCAAAGUCAAGAUAUUCUCGCUGAUUUUGUGACUCGACAGAACCACAAUGUCAUGCUAUGGGAGCACGCGCGCGAGAGCGGGAUUUUUAUGUGGCUUACUGACACACAACACUUGCAACGACAAUUCGAAGCGGUUGCCAGAAACGAAUAUACCAAGGAUGGAAAUAGAAGCCCAGUGAACUGUAGCUUGUUCUACAUUGCGCUUCGCAAGAAAGCAGUGCUUCAGGGGCUUUGGCGUAUGGCCGGCGGUGACAAAGAGCAAAUCACCACUCAGCGGUUCUUGGCCCAUGACUUUGAGGAGCCAAGAUGGCGUACAGCGGCAUUGAAAAAUGCAUAUGCUCUUCUUAGCAAGCGACGAUUUAAGUACGCAGCUGCUUUCUUUCUAUUAGCUGACCGGCUGGAAGACGCUGUUGAAGUCUGUCUCCGCCAGUUGAAAGAUUUACAACUCGCCAUUGCAAUCACUCGCGUUUAUGAGGGCAGUGACGGCCCUGUACUGCGAAAAGUGCUACGGGAAGAAGUCCUCACUGUGGCGUCGCAUGAGGGCAAUCGCUGGCUUGCAUCUUGGGCCUUCUGGAUGCUGGGCAGAAAAGAUAUGGCUGUGAGGGCGCUAGCUACUCCUAUAUACACUCUCCUUGAAACGCCUUCUUCACCAGACCUGAAGUCUCGAUCGUUCUUGGCCGACGAUCCUGCUCUGGUCGUCCUCUAUUCCCAGCUACGGCAGCAAACACUACAGACGCUGCGAGGCGCAUCCAAAGUGUCGCCCAAAGUCGAAUGGGAAUUUGUUCUUCACAGCGCGAAGCUCUAUGACCGCAUGGGCUGCGAUCUCCUUGGCCUUAGCUUAGUUCGUACAUGGGAAUUCCAAAAACAGACGCCGCCUAGAAUAGGGGGUGAUAUGAACCCAUUGACGCUCCUGAGGCGAAGAAGCUCGCUCGUUGUCAACGACCUUCACACGUCGGAGCUACACGCCACGCUAUUGGCCGAGCGUGAACAGGUUAAGCACCCUGUGGCGCCACCUUCGACUUUUCACGAACCAGAUGCCGCGUCAUUGCUUGAUAGUUUUGGCUUAUAGAGUAGUGAACCGCAUGUAUAUUUAAUAAACGUUCUGACGCAAAGAUUUGUUUCUGCGUGAUAAAGUCACGACCUGUGUCUAAUUUGCGCUUUAUUGUCACCAAAAUAUGUCACCAAAAUAAGAAAAAUCUAGUAUGCU